AUGGACUACAACAAGAGAUCUUCCGUCUCCACCGUACCUAAUGCUGCUCCCAUAAGAGUCGGGUUCGUCGGCCUAAAUGCAACCAAAGGAUGGGCAAUUAAAACACAUUAUCCGGCUAUAUUGCAAUUAUCGUCACAAUUCCAAAUCACCGCUUUAUAUAGCCCAAAGAUAGAGACUUCCAUUGCCACCAUUCAGCGCUUGAAGCUAAGUAAUGCCACUGCAUUUCCCACUUUAGAAUCAUUUGCCUCGUCUGCCACUGUAGACAUGAUAGUGAUCACCAUUCAAGUGGCCAGUCAUUAUGAGGUUCUUAUGCCCCUCUUGAAGUUCUCAAAAAAUAACCCCAACCUCAAGUACCUUUUUGUAGAGUGGGCGCUAGCAUGUUCUUUAGAUCAAGCUGAAUCCAUCUAUAAGGCAGCUGCUGAACGUGGGCUACAAACCAUCAUCUCUUUACAAGGCCGUAAAUCACCAUAUAUCUUGAGGGCAAAAGAACUAAUAUCCCAAGGUUACAUUGGCGAAAUUAAUUCGAUCGAAAUUGCUGGGAACGGCGGUUGGUAUGGUUACGAAAGGCCCGUUAAAUCGCCAAAGUAUAUUUAUGAAAUUGGAAAUGGUGUAGAUUUAGUCACCACGACAUUUGGUCAUACCAUCGAUAUUUUACAGUACAUGACAUGUUCGUAUUUUUCGAGAAUAAAUGCAAUGGUUUUCAAUAAUAUACCGGAGCAAGAACUGAUAGAUGAGCGUGGCAACCGAUUGGGUCGGCGAAUUUCCAAGACCGUCCCGGAUCACCUUUUAUUCCAAGGCACAUUAUUGAACGGUAAUGUCCCCGUAUCAUGCAGUUUCAAAGGUGGCAAACCUACCAAGAAAUUCACUAAAAACUUAGUAAUAGACAUUCAUGGUACCAAGGGAGAUUUAAAACUUGAAGGUGAUGCCGGAUUCGCGGAAAUUUCAAAUCUAGUUCUUUAUUACAGUGGUACUAGGGCAAAUGACUUCCCGCUAGCUAACGGUCAACAAGUUCCUUUAGAUCCUGGAUAUGAUGCGGGCAAGGAGAUCAUGGAAGUAUAUCACCUACGGAAUUAUAAUGCCGUCGUGGGUAAUAUUCAUCGACUGUACCAAUCUAUUUCUGAUUUUCAUUAUAAUACGAAGAAAAUCCCUGAAUUACCUUCACAGUUUGUUAUGCAGGGCUUCGAUUUUGAAGGCUUUCCCACUUUGAUGGACGCUCUGAUAUUACACAGAUUGAUUGAGAGCGUUUACAAGAGUAAUAUGAUGGGUUCUACGUUAAAUGUUAGCAAUAUCUCUCAUUAUACUUUAUAA